UUAAUGAUAACUGAGUGAUAAAACACAAUUUUGGAGAUUUCCAGCAGGUAUCGCGAGUGUAUAAUGUUGUUUAUUGUGUAGAGAAUUGUAUGAUAAUUGAUAAGUUGAUAGCCGGCUUGUGAAUUGUGAAACACACUUGAAAUUAAUAUUCAAGUACUUCUAGUCUACAAUAAUUACUCUAUUAUAUGGCAGAAAGAAAGAUUCGUGAAAAGCAUGAAUUCCGAAGACGAUUCAGAAUCAACAGUUGCUCAUCAAGAAGCGAAAAAUUUGGUGAGAAGUCAGUUUUACGAUGUCAUGGUGAAAGUGGAUACAGACGUUUAUUGUCUAGAUAAAUUACAACUGGCCUGGAAAUCGUGCUACUUUGAAAGACUAUUGAUCGAGUAUUCUGACCAAGGAGAAUGCAAUUUGAUAGAGCUACCGUUAAUGGAUACAGAAACAUUCUCUUCGGUAGUUGAUGUAAUAUAUGGACAGCCACUGGCAUCUAUAUUAAACAACGAAAAUUUUAUUACCUUGUUGAUAGCUAUGGAUUACUUGCAAAUGGAGAUUGAUCUGGAAACUUACGGUCAUUUCUUACAAAGCAAUUCGGUCCUAGAUGUGAAAGUAUUCAAACUGUACGACUUCGUUCAAGAGAAUCCAAAUUUGCGGUGCUUGUUACCACACGUUUUGAUAUAUUUAUCUAAGCACUUGGCGGGUUUGCGGAGUCGCGAAGAGUUUUUAUCUUUACCACUUGACGAUAUUAUUCAAAUAAUUGUUUCAAGAGGAAUGUCCCCAAACGAAAAGGUGAUGCGUGAAAUUUGUCAAAUUUGCGCAGAAUGGAUCCAUUACGAUUUAGAAAACAGACUUACUCAUGCAACGAAGCUUGUAAAUGCUGCUAAACGAAGAUUUGUGUAUGCUAACGGUAUAAAGGAUGUAGAUUUCAACGCAAAACUGGCCCAUGUCGCCGAGCAUAUGAAGCUAGAACAAAUUGCGAAACUAUUUCACAAGUUCUUGGUUUUUAAUGGCGAUAUCAAUACGGCUGGUCAGGAGUUGCUUAAACUUAGAGCCAAAAAAAAUGAAACCACAAUUGGUGUUGAAAAAAACGAGCGAAAAAAAUUGGAAAAACUUCUAGAAAAUGGUUAUUUCUACGAUAUCGCUGUCAAAGUUGAAGAAAAAAUUUACAAACUCCAUCGAUUCAAAUUAAAUUCAGCGUCCGGAUACUUCGCCGAUAUUUUUUCUGCUGAAAGCUUCAACACAGACACUCAAUGCGCAGAAGUAACAACCCAGCGACCAAUUAAAGAUAACGAGUAUUUACUCCGCGAUGUCGAUCAAACGACAUUUGAAAUGAUCAUCGAGUAUAUCUAUUUUGGAAAACUGCAAUUAACAUGUGAAACUAUAACUCGUGUAUUGAAAGCUGCCGCUGCCAAUAAUUUGAGAAUUGAGAAAUUAUUCGAUAAAUGUAUAUCGUGGAUAAAAGAGAACAUCGAAGAAAUUUGUUCCAAAGUCCUAAUCAUUGACGAAUGUAUUUGUAGAUCAUGGAUCGAGGAAAAUGUUGAAGAAAUUUGUUCGGAAGUUUUAAUCAAACCUGAAAUGAUCAACACGUUUCCGAUCUGUUCCAUUUCAUUCGAUAUGUUGGAAAAUUUACUCUUGUCGUCUCCAGUUUGCUGUGAUAAUCCGCAAAAAAUCGUCGAGAUAUGUGCCAAAUGGGUUAUGCAUGAUGUAAAAAAUCGAUAUCAUCUGAUACCUCAAAUCGCCGUUGAUAUUAAUCACAAUCGCAUGGUAGAGUACGAUGAUUAUAAAAUAGAAGAAAUUGCGGAUUUACACAAUCUCACAGAGCAACAUAUCCGAGUUAAAUUAUGGAAUACUUUAAGUUCAACUUCACUGGUUCCUCCUGCUACAAAUAAUAUUUCAAGAAAAGGUAGGGGUAGUUUUUCGAAAAUACUACCUGUGUUUGUAGCGUCGACCGGUGACAUGACCGUUCGUAUUCUAAAUGUUGAUUUAAAUGAAAUCGCAUCAUUUAGUUUCUUUUCAAUUAUUAGCACUAACGAGCCCAAAGAUAUUGAGCUUAGAAAUACGUACUUUAAAGUAUCUGCGACUUCAAUCAGGGAUAAUUUAUUCGUUAUGUUCACUCCGGAUUAUUAUUCUCGUCUGUUUUAUGUGUACAAUUCAACCUCGAAAGAAUUACGCUCCUUGAAUUGCUUUCGAAAGAAAGUAGCAUCGAUAUUGUGCAAAUAUUCGCUGUUGAAUUGUCGCGACCAAGUUUACUGUUGUUUUGAAAAUGGUCAAGUAUUCAAGUAUUUGGUCGAAAUGAACCGAUGGAUGAUAUUUUCAAAGGCGCCGGCAUCUGUUGGUGGAAAUGGUAAGCGUGUAUGGUUCACGAGUCAUGGGAAUGAAUUGUAUAGGAUGUAUAAAAAUGAGGAGACACGGUCGACUUACGUGAUAGAAGAAUUCAAUUUCCAACAAAACGUAUGGUUGUCUUUGCCACAUUCGUCAUUUACUCCGGCGACGCAAUCAUCGUACGAUACUCCAAUCGGUCUAAUCAGCAUUAAUGCUGGUGAUAUACUAGCUGUGAUAUUCCCUUCGUACCUCCGGUUAUUUGACUUGAGUACAAGAUCAUGGCGUGAAAUCUCUUUAGCAGGCGAUGUUGGGCCUACGUCGUCGAAUCGAAAGCCAGUUUUUGCCUUAGUUCAGUGUCAAGGCGAACUUUUACGUGUGUUCUGCGACAAAAUAUAUUAUUGGUCUGGUAGAAAUGGAAGAUGGGUGUUGAAAAAAGAAUUACCCGAGAAAUCUCAUUUACCAGAUGGUGUUUUGGAUAGGCCUACCUCUUUUAAGCAUAUUACUGCUGUUCAUGGAUGGGGUCAUCAUCAAAAGCGUGUAAAUUUGUGAUUUACUAAUGAAUACGUUGUUUUUUCUGAUUAAUUAUUUAUGGAAAAGACUGAUUUAAUUAUAAUUUAAUAUUCUGCAUUACCUGAUCUAUGUAAUUUGUUCUCCAGAGUCCAGACUUUUAAAAAUGCUCAAAUAGGUAAUCUACGAAUAAAUAUUUUUUGUG